AUGACACUUGCAGAUUCAAAUGCUGUUGUGUCAAUGUCUACUAGUGCCGAUCAAGAUUAUCCACCGAGUAAUAUUCUUGAUCCAAGUGAUAAAGUGUUUUGGAUGACAACAGGUUUAUAUCCACAAGAAUUUAUUAUUACAUUCAAAGAACCCAUUGAAUUUCGACAAUUACGAUUUGUAACAACAAAUGUCAAACGUUUUGUUAUGUUUACUACGAGUAAUGCAGAACCAAGAAAUUUUGAUACUAUUCUUGAAAAAACUUUACCAAAUAAUGAGAAUAAUCUUCAAAUAAAUGAAUAUACAUUAGAUCGUUUAACAGAAGUUCGUCAUUUUAAAUGUGUUAUUUUAGCUGGUUAUGAUAGUUUUGCAAGUGUACAUUCACUUAAAUUUGAUGCUGGAAAUACACAUGUACGUGUUAACAAUUGGCUUCUGAUGAAAGAUGUUUCUCCAACACUUGUGAUAGCUAUUGCCUAUGUUUGUGCUAUUAUUUUUGGACGAAAAUGGAUGAAAAAUCAAAAGCCUUUUAAAUUACGAAAUUUUAUGUUUAUUUAUAAUAUUUUACAAGUGAUCAUUUGUGCUUAUAUAACUUAUGAAUCAACAUAUGUAUGGUUUAAAGAUAGAUACAGUUUUCUAUGUCAACCUGUUGAUUAUUCAAAUCGUAUGACUGCUAUUCGAGCAUGUGAAGCAUGUUGGUGGUAUUAUAUUAUGAAAAUAGUCGAUUUGAUUGACACAAUUAUAUUUGUAUUACGAAAAAAAGAUAAUCAAAUAACAUUUUUACAUGUUUAUCAUCAUCUUACAAUGCUAUUCUUUGGAUGGUAUGGAGUAAAAUAUGUUGGAGGUGGUCAAUCAUUGUUUAUUGUGAUUUUAAAUUCUUUUAUUCAUGUUGUUAUGUAUGCUUAUUAUGGUUUAAGUGCUUGUGGAUCUCAUAUACAAAAAUAUCUUUGGUGGAAACGUUAUUUAACACAAGCUCAAAUUAUUCAAUUUGUUGCUGUAAUUGGUCAUUCAAGUAUUAAUUUAUUUACGCCAUGUAAUUUUCCAAAAGUUUUUGAUAUUUCAUUCUUACUCUAUGGUAUAUCUAUAUUGUUACUUUUUUCUAAUUUUUAUUUACAAAGUUAUAUGAAAAAGGCAAAACAACGAAAAGAAGCAUAA